AGCGGGUAGAAGAUGCCAUUAAAUCCGAAAGGCUACCGUGUAGUCCACAUUCCAUGCAUUUGACGUUUCAUUCUCCAAAGCCCAGAUUCCAAAUGAAUGAAAACGUCAUUGAAUUGGUCCCAACUCUUCGGGGGCAGAGUGGGAGAAGAGAGGAGAUUUCCUCUUAUCUUUAUACUCUCUCUGCCUCCAAGAAAAAAUAGGCUGAAAGCAUCAUGGAAGUAGUUGAAGACAUAGUGAUUAUAGGAGCAGGAAUAGCCGGCCUUACAACAUCCUUGGGACUUCACAAGUUGGGAAUCCGAAGCCUGGUGUUGGAAUCCUCGGAAGGAUUGAGGAUCAAAGGAUAUGCCUUGACAUUAUGGAGCAAUGCUUGGAAGGCCUUGGAUGCUGUUGGCAUUGGCGAUUCCCUCCGUUGUCGACAUCAACUCCUUGAUGGGAAUGUGACGACCUCUGUAGUUUCGGGACUCAAAAUUUCAGACAUAUCGUUUAAUGUCAAAGGAAAAGAUGGAGUCAAUGAAGUUCGUCGUGUCAAGAGGAAUAUGUUGGUGGAAGCUCUUGCAAAGGAGCUUCGGAGUGGCACCAUUAGGUACUCUUCCAAGGUGGUCUGUAUAGAGGAAUCAGGAUUCUAUAAGCUUGUGCAUCUUGCUGAUGGAACCACCUUUAAAACAAAGGUCUUGAUUGGGUGCGAUGGAGUCAACUCAGUGGUGGCAAAGUGGCUGAGCUUGAAGAAACCGUCUUCUACCGGGAGAUUUGCCAUCAGAGGGUGUGUAGAUUUCAAGUCUAGUCAUGGGUUUGCGCCCAUAACCAUGCACUUCUUUGGGAAUGGUGUCCGGUUUGGUUUUGUUCCUUGUGAUGAUAACUCUGUCUAUUGGUUUUUCACUUGGAUUCCAUCCAGCCAAGAGAAAGAUCAGACAGAAGAUAACACAGUUAAAAUGAAGCAGCUUGUAUUAAGCAAGCUAGGAAAAAUACCCGAUGAAGUAAGGGCUGUCGUAGAAAACACUGAACUGGAUAGUUUUGUCCCGUACCCACUAAGAUACAGACAGCCCUGGGAACUCCUUUGGGGAAAUAUAAGCAAAGAAAACGUCUGUGUAGCCGGAGAUGCACUCCACCCCAUGACUCCAGACAUUGGCCAAGGAGGCUGUGCUGCUCUGGAAGACGGCGUUGUUUUAGCCAGGUGUCUUGCGGAGGCUCUACAUAAAGAACCAGGUGGGGAAACAAAAGAUCGAGAGAGAGAUGAUCAAAGAUCAGAAAUAGAGGAAUAUGAGAGGAUUGAAAUGGGGUUGAAGAAGUUUGCCAAAGAGAGGAAAUGGAGAAGCAUUGAGCUCAUUUCUACAGCCUACAUUGUUGGUUUUAUGGAGCAGAGUGAUGGCAAAGUGAUGACCUUCUUAAGGGAUAAAAUAUUUGCUGCAUUCCUGGCUGGGAUCAUGCUGAAGAUGGGUAGUUUCGAUUGUGGAAAGCUUAUCCUUUGAUCUUGAAAUCAACGAGCACAUAUAUGCAGUUGAGCUAUCUGUAGUAAUGCAUGAGCUCCAUGCUUCAUUUUUCUUUCACAACA